AUUUAAUCCAUCCAUACAGUACAGUCGAAUCAAGUGGAGCUAGUAGAAACGACAUAACAGAACAUUGAAAUGCUUUUCAAAAUCCUACUCCCGCUGGGAGCCAUUGCUACCUUGGCAUUCGGCCAAAGCCCUGAACAAUGCAUCGCCUCAUCCUGUAAGACAUACAAGGAAAUCAACACCCUGUGGUGCUACCCGGAUCCGAACUAUUUCUGCCAAUGCCGACCUAUCACCAACGGUGGUUCCUGGACGGAGCAGGUGAUGCCCUGUGCCGACGGAACCAAGUUCAGCUUCAGGCAGCAGGUUUGUGUCCUACCGCAGUACUACAACGCGACCGAGUGUUUGGAUCCAAAUCCGAACGACCCGGUGACGACUGGGAAUCUGAAAUGUUCCAAUCCCUGCACUACGUACGCUGAAAUCGUAAAGCUUGGGUGCAGUCCGUCCGGACCGAAAGAGUUCUGUCAGUGUAGACCGACGCCGGUGGAGAGGGUUUUCACGCCGAUUAAGAUGCCGUGUGCUAAUGGGACUUCGUUCAGUUAUCGACGGCAAACCUGUAUGGCGGAUGGCCUGUGGACGGAUAGUUGUCCGAUGUAGGAGGCAGGAUCGAUUCGUUAAGAAUUAAAACAACUGCUGUUUUGCGUUUGCUUUGAAGCACAAAAACAGAAACCCUCAAUAAAAUGCAAUGUAUGCAACAUUACCUGGAUUUGCGGGUCUAGACCACUAA